AUCGCAACUUGCGAGGCGAUCAGGUGAAGGAGAGAUGUGGCAUAUAAGACUGGUCUCGUGGGGGCAUCUCUUCCUCCAAUCCUCCUCCCGCUUCCGCCGCGGGCCAUGACGUCGUCGUCGUCGCACCACCCGGACUCCUCCUCGCCCUCCUCCACCCCGCGAAACGGAGCCGGCGCCGGCGGCAACAGCCACCACCCGCCCCCUCUCCCACCGGCCCCGGCUGCUCCUCGUCACGCGCAGGCGCACAGGGGCCCGCAGGUGCGCCUCAUGUGCAGCUUCGGAGGCCGCAUCCUGCCGCGCCCGGGGGACCGCCAACUGCGCUACGUCGGCGGUGAGACCCGCAUCGUCGCCGUCCCGCGCGCCGCUGCCUCCUACGCGGCCCUCGUCGCCGCGCUCGCCAAGGUGGCGCCCGCGCUAUCCACGCCGGGGGCGCCCAGGCCCACGCUCAAGUACCAGCUGCCCCAGGACGACCUCGACUCGCUCAUCUCCGUCACCUCCGACGACGACGUCGACCACCUCAUGGACGAGUUCGACCGCCUCCACGAGCUCGCCUCCAACGUCGCCAAGCCGCCGCGCCUCCGCGUCUUCCUCUUCGCGCCCGCGUCGGACCACACCUCCGCCGCGGGAGCCUUCGGCCCCGGCCUCUCCGGAACCGGCGGCGAGGCCGCCACUGACCAGUGGUUCGUCGACGCGCUCAACGCCCCCGCGCCGCACCCCAUCGAGCGCGGCCAAUCCGAGGCCUCCUCGAUCAUCUCCGAGGUGCCCGACUACCUCUUCGGCCUCGACGCCGCCUCCGACGAGCCCAGCCCCGGCCCCGCGGCCGCCCGCAACAAGUCCGACACGGAGAUGCAGCACCACGGCGAGGACGACGCGCCGGCUCCCGCGCCGGGCGUGCACCAGGCGCCGUACGCCGCGGAGGGAUCGUCGUGGCCAGCCCCGCCCCUGCCGUACAAGGCGCAGCCCGUGUACUACCUCUCCGUGCCGCCGGUCCACUACCUCGACCCGGCUGCGCAGGGCGGCUACAUGCCUCGGCCGGUCUACCACAUUAUCGGUGGCGGAGGAAGCGAGGCGCCCGGCAGAGAUCCCCACGUAACCGGCGGCAACGUCUACGGCGUCCCGCGCCCCAUGCAGCCGUUCCCGCAGAUGAUGUACGCGCCACCGCUCGCGGUCUUCUACACAGCGGAGGGGAAGCCGCCGCCCGAAAGUGGGGGCAACUCGUCGUAGGUGUGCCUGCCUGGAGCUGCAGCUAAGCUGUUGAUCCAGAUGAUUGCGUAUGAUGCCUAAGCCAAGGAAUUUUGCAUUGCUGCGUGCUUUGUUAAUUUUUUAUCGUUUCGUCUUGUUCUAGUGGGUUGGUGUAUAGACAAGGGAGGGUGGAUGAUGGAUGUAUAUUGCAAUUUUCGUCGAGUGAAAUAUGUUCUUCAAAUAUAGUUAUUGGAGUAUACUAUUCUGUGUGAUUAGUAGCAAGUUAAUCUAGUGUGGAUUCAUAUAUUCUAGGUGGGUCUGGAAGCCAAAUUUUGUGCAUUUUGUUGCAUAAACUGGAUGUUGGAUGAAUGGUGCAAGAAUUAUGUGCUGUAAAAUGUUUGCUU